UCCAACUACUGUCCUCUCCUACAUCCUCUGUAUUUUCUAUUUAUUUUACAGAUGUUGUUGGGGUAGUUAACCUGAUCCAACGCUAAAGAAUUCAGGAGAAGGAGGGAAGCCUUCUCUGCUUGAGAAGUUUUCCCAUCUCAUACUCACGGGAAAUGAAGACGUCACCUGCCAUGCUUGGAACUGGGAAAUUGUUUUCGGUCCUCUUCCUAAUCCCACAUCUGGGCAUCUGGAAUAUCGAUGGGGAAAAAUCAUGUGACGCACAACUUUAUGUUAAGAGACAUUCCGUGAACAUCUCAGCAGGGACCUCUUAUCAACUGGAAUGCCCUACGGUAUAUUGUGCCAACAGACCUAAUGUGACCUGGUGCAAGCUCGAAGGAAAGAGCUGUUCAGAUCUUGAAAAUGGACAGUGGAAACACACAAAUUGGGAAAACAGGAAGAAUAUGUCCGUUUUUAUUCUGUAUUUUGAUCGAGUGCUGGCUAGUGACAAUGGAUCAUACCGCUGUUCUGCGAUUGUUCCGUCGGGACUCAUUGAAAGCCAUUCAAUAACCAUUUAUGUGACAGAACACACUCAAAAUGAUUCAAAACUUCUAAUAAAUACAACCAGUGCCCUAGAACCACCCUCCAAGGAACAGAUGGAGGACAGGCGAUGGAUCCUUUAUAGUUUGCUUCCUUUGGGAGGAUUACCCUUACUCAUCACCUGUUUCUGCCUAUUCUAUUGCCUGAGAAAGCACCAAGGGAAGCAAAAGGAGCCUUCUGACACAGAAGAAAGGGAAAUUAAUUUGAUUGAUGUUCCCCAGCCCUUCAGGAGUGAGCAAACUGAACUGAGCACCAGGCAAAAUUCCCAAACACUGCCAGAUACUAGAAUUUAUGAUAAUGAUCCCUGUUUUAAGGUCCAGGAAGAAUCUGAGGUUCAUUCUAAGCCAUGUCUUGAGGAAAACAAACAGGGCAUUGUUUAUGCUUCGCUGAAUCACUCUGUCAUAGGAAUGAACCCAAGACAGGCAAGAAACAUGAAAGAAGCACCGACAGAAUAUGCAGCUAUAUGUGUGAGGAGUUAAAUCUGGUCCUGAUCUCCCACCAAUGAUCAUUGAACGAUCAACAUGUCAACACCAUUGUCUGAAACCAACAGAAUAUCAAAUAAUAUUCCUUGACCUGAGAAUUUCACUUUAAGGAGGUUCAUGCUGGUGCUUGUGUCCUAAGGGUUCACAGGACAAAGGACUAAAACUUCUCCCAGAAACUUCUUUGGGAGCCUUUUAUACUGUAGCCAUGAACAACAAAACCUUCUCUUUAAAACUGAGUGAUACUAUGAAUAGCAAAGUAGUAGAACAUUUUAACUUAGCUACAUUUUACCCAACAUACAAACUCUAUAUUUUCUUUGGAGCUAUCAGAAAGACAUGUAGGGAAGAGAGAUAUAUUAUCUGAUUCAAUUCACUACACACUCUUAAAAAAUAACAUCCCAAUUCAACUAACUAACC